UGUUUGUUGUUUGACAGGAACCAGAAUUCGGGUAAAAGGGAACGUAAAAAGCGACCAAACUUUCGUUUUGUUCGGUUUUGAAAUUAAAACAUGAUGAGGGCCAGUUCUAGGCAAACAUGCAAUGGAGAUCUAUAGUAAUUGGGCUGCUCCUGUUGAGACUGGCACUCAAUUGUAUCUUGUGGUUCACAUUCGGGUUGGGUUUUUAUCAGAACUUCCAUUCUCAAAAAGUGGACCUUUACGGCGAUAACGAGAAAGUCGCUUUUGAAAACCCUUCGUGGCUGAAUAAUAACCUACAGAAUGGGGACAGCAAGACCUGUUCGAAAAACGUUAAACAUACCUCGAAAAACUCUUACCUUAAUUACUUUGAGGACGGAAAAGACGAGUACGCUCAAAAAUACAACUCUUUCCCGGAUAACCUGAAGGUAAAAAUGAAGGACAUGGCGAAAGAAAUGUUUUAUUUUGGAUAUGACAACUACAUGAAAUACGCUUUUCCUGAAGAUGAACUGAACCCGAUUGACUGUGAAGGCAGGGGACCCGAUGUGCUAAAUCCGUCAAACAUCAACAUUAAUGAUGUGUUGGGGAACUAUUCUUUGACUCUGAUUGACAUACUGGACACGUUGGUGGUGAUGGGGAAUGUCUCGGAGUUCCAUAAAGCUGUCAAGUUGGUGAUUGAGACGGUCUCCUUUGACAAAGACUCGACUGUGCAAGUGUUUGAAGCCAAUAUCAGGAUUCUUGGAGGUCUAAUUUCUGCUCAUAUUCUCCUGACUGAUUCCAAGCAGCCAUUCGGUAACGUUGGGCUUCAGGACUAUGAUAAUGAGCUUUUACACCUGGCUCACGACCUAGCUGUGAGACUUCUGCCAGCAUUUGAGAAUACCGGAACAGGAAUCCCAUACCCUCGGGUAAACCUAAAGAGAGGAGUCCCCCCGGACAGUAUCAAUGAAACCUGCACUGCCGGAGCUGGGUCGCUCUUGGUGGAGUUUGGGAUCCUCAGCCGCUUGGUCGGGGAUUCAACCUUUGAAUGGGUGGCACGAAGGGCGGUGAAGGCACUCUGGAAACUACGCAGUAAUGAGACCGGCUUACUAGGUAAUGUGGUGAACAUUCAGACGGGCCAGUGGGUUAGCAAGCAGAGCGGUCUGGGAGCAGGAAUGGAUUCUUUCUAUGAGUAUCUGCUGAAGUCCUACAUCCUUUUCGGAGACGAAGAGGAUCACAAGAUGUUUAAUGCUGCGUAUGAGAGUAUUCAGAGCCAUCUCAGGAGAGGACGAGAAGCCUGUAAUGAAGGAGAAGGGGAUCCACCACUAUAUGUGAAUGUGAACAUGUUUAAUGGACAGAUAAUGAACACAUGGAUAGACUCGCUUCAGGCUUUCUUUCCCGGUCUCCAGGUGUUAAGUGGUGACAUUGAAAAUGCAAUUUGCCUUCAUGCCUUUUAUUACGCCAUUUGGAAACGCUUUGGCGCUCUCCCGGAGAGAUAUAACUGGCAGCUCCAGGCACCUGAUGUCCUGUUUUAUCCACUGAGACCUGAACUGGUGGAAUCCACAUAUCUUCUUUACCAGGCCACCAAGAACCCUUUCUAUCUCCAUGUAGGAAUGGAUAUUCUCCAGAGCCUUGAAAAAUAUACCAAAGUCAGAUGCGGCUACGCCACUCUGCAUCAUGUUGUGGACAAGUCAAAGGAAGACAGGAUGGAGAGUUUCUUUCUCAGCGAGACCUGUAAAUAUUUGUUUCUGCUGUUUGAUGAAGAUAACCCUUUGCACAAAUCUGAGAAUAAAUACAUUUUCACUACUGAGGGACAUGUUGUGCCAAUAGACAAGCGGUUCCGAGAAAAGGUUUGGAAGGAUGAAGGGGUCUUGGCCAACACAGAAAAGCCUGAAGUCAGACCAGCCAAUACCAGCACCAAUUGCAACAGGAUUCCCGAUGAGAGAAGGUACGCUUUGCCUUUGAAAAGUGUUUACAUGAGGCAGAUAGAUCACAUGGUGGGGCUGCUGUGAACACGAACACUGCAGGGAUCAGGGGCUCAUGCCUCCCACAUGCAAGGACUGGGAAGAGGAGCAGGAUGCUGCUUGUUUACCAAUACGGAUUGCUGCAGAAGGGCAGUGUCAGUCCCAGGCAGUUAAGGGUGGUGGCAAUCUCCUCUGCAUUGACUUUAAAUAUAAAAAUGUGUUGAUUCAAAUAAUUAAGGAAUACCUUAGUGCUGUUCUUGUGGAGCUUUAUUUUCAAAUAUGUGAUGCAGGUAUGUUGCACUCAUUUAAAAGCAUGUUAAAAAGAAACCAGUUGUUCUUGGCUACUUCAAUUCUGGGUGCUUAAAAGUUCAGAUAUCAGAAUAUUGCUUCCAAUAGUACAGUCCUUUUGCUGUGCUGCAUUAUUUUCCUGCUGCUUUUACUUUGCCUGUUGUCUCCAGGUUACUCUUGCAAAAGGGGUUUGUAAUAUAUGGAUUCAAAUGCUCUUGGAUCUAAAUCUUAUUUCAGUCUGCUUACUUUUAGAUUAUUUAAAAGGGCCUGUGUAUUUGAGGAUUGUUGGUGCAGUUUUUUUUUUUUUUAAACCAAAAAAAAUAGUUUUAACAGGCUUUGCAAAGGACAAAGGCAGCCCCGCAAGUGCGAUGAGGUGUAACAGUCUGCCGGUUUUGCCUCCCUAAAUCACUGAAGCGCCAGACCCAAUCUGACGGCGAAGAUCGGCCACUUCACACAGCCAGGUGGCAAACCGUCGCUGUAUGACUCUCCCUGCACACCACACGGCUGUGCCUUUACCAGGAGAACCACUCGGAUUAUCAAUAGACCUGAGAUGCUCAAACUAAAUAGAUGGCUGUCAGUCGAGCCCUAUCUAUAAUACUGAAUUUGAGUUGAUAGACCCGCAGUUCUGCACAUCUUGGUUCUUAAUAUAGUUGAAAAGCUGAGGAACAGUUCAUCCUAUUACCCAGAUACAAAUCCCUCAAGUGUGUUGUAUUACUAGUAUUGUUGUAUUAAUCCCCUCACUGGUUUGUUCCCUAAUGUUUGUUUUAUGAAGCUGCAUUUUCAAGCCAGUAUUAGAGUAGAUUCGAAAUCAAACCAUGUAUACACCUCAAACGCGCAGCAUCAAUUUCAUGAUCAGAUAAGUAGCAGGGAUUUAUAGUAAUGUUUUUGACAGUAUUACAUCGAGAUAUAGCUUGCAUAGCCUGUAGCUGUUUAUAUGAUUUUCUGAAUUGUUUAUACUGCAAACCUUGUGUGGGUGCAUACAGUGCUUAACGCAAAGCGUGAUGCGAUUGCACGAUUUUUAGAAAAGUUGUGUUUCAUUGAAAGGUGAAGUCUAGUCUUCCAGGCCAGCAAUUUGAUUCCUAUGCAUAAUUCUUUAUUCUAAAUAUUGAGUUGCUUAAUUGAUAUGUCACAUCCCCACAGGUACCUAAUUGCAAGAGCUGUUGCUUAUAAUUUAACCGAGGGUGUAGCUGCUGAGUACAGAAUGUCAAUGACCAAGCAUUCGCAAUGUUUAAAUCGCAGCAGGUUCUAAAAAAACAGAUUCAAUACAUUGAUAUCAGCUUUUCUUGUUUUUUUUUUUUUUUUAAUUUAGAUUUUGACUUGUAAUAUGUUUAAGAGUUCAGCGGCUACCUCUAAUCAAGUUGAGAGUAUUUUCUCUUGCAUUCUUUGUAUGACAGGCUGACACAGCAAAGAGUGCAAGAAAUCCACUUUCAACUUGAUUAGAGGUAGUGACAAAACACUUAAACACACAUUCAAUUGGUAAACCAAGGCCUUUCAACAAAGAAGCUAAAUAGCUUUAUAUUGUAUUCCUAUGAAGUGCAUUUGUAUGGAUUUGUAGUUGAAAACCCUUUAGAAUGCAAGCAUUCUGUUGUGAUUCCUGCAAUCAUGUGCGAUCAGUAGUUUUACUUCAUACAGGAUCUGUUUUAUAUAUUACAAUACAAACAAAUAUUAACUAACCGUUAUUUCUUGAAGUAUCAAUGGAAUGGAUAUUUCUGUGUGUUCUACCGUAAUUAUGUAUUAUUCACCUUGGCAGUGAUAACAUGCUUUUUCACGAUGCAGAGAGCGCCUCUUUCAAAUUGAUUUAGAUAUUGUGUCUCUCCGUGUACUGAAAGGUUGAGAAGAGAACAUUCAAAAAAGUUUCUGAUAAAUUCUGAUAGUUUCUGGAACAUGUCUCUCAAUCUGCAACGUAGCUAUGCCAAGUUAUAAUUUGUGCGUAUGAAACUUUUAUAGCUUGCAUGCCACCUAGGGAUGCAUUGAACAUGAAUUUACAGAAAUAUGGAACAUAGUCUUCCAAACACUGCUUUGUCUCCACUCAAGUCAUUGCUUUGUAGUGAUGUUUUUAGCACAUCUCCAUGCUUUUGUUGUGCUUGAAGAUUGUAGAAUAUGCCCUGUAAACUCUUCUCUGUGUCACACUUAUUCCUAGCAGCUAAGUACUGUGCAGCACGAUCAAAGAAACAUUCCACUACAGCUGCAGCAGCACCUGUUAAAAGGGAAUUCUGUACAGCACAAAUUAUUUUAGAUCAAUAACAUUCUACUAUCAUAUGUCUUGUAUUUCGUAUUUGUGGUUUUUUUUUUUUUUUCUAUAAGUUAUUUGAAACCUAUGUCAGGUUCUGUUAUAUUGCAAGAGUUGCUGUUCUAAACGGGUAGACAACUUCUAGGAGGGCAAUUCCAUUACUGAUUUAAAAAUAAUUCUUGGAGGGUUCCCUAACUUUCUUUAAAAAAAAAAAAACCAAAAACUUUGAUCAUGGGUGUCAUAAGUAGAUGAUGAUACAAUAGAGUCAAAUCCAAUUCUACUUUUAAUUAAUAAUAAAAAAUAAAACACACGACCAGAACAGGAUAAAAACCUCUCAAACUGGAUUCUUUUGAAUUGGUUCAAAUUGUUUAUGGAGUGGAAGUGCCGAUGUUGCCUGCCCCUGUUCUACACUGUCUUCCAUUAGGCGCGCCGUCUGCAUAUUUCAAUACGGAAAUAGAAAGAAAAACUAACUCAGGGAAUAAAAAAUAGACAAAUUAGAGAAGUGCAAGAAAUAACCUUUAACAGCAAUCCGCUUGCCUCCUGUGGGAUCGAUUUUAUGCUUUUUUUUUUUUUUUAUGAAUGGGUAUUAAGACUUAUUUUUAUGUAUGGUAUAAUAAAACUUGUUUUAACAAAUGUAAAUGCAAUUGUGUAGACUUUCAAUACUUUAUACAUGUAUACACACACAGUAAACCAUCUUGUAUCUGCUCAUUACAUGUCCGACCUAACCGUUUAUCCACCAUGAUCAUACUCUUAUUGAACAGAGAAGAUUAGUUCAGAGAUUGUAGAUCCCACCAAG